AUGGUGUCAAUCAGCAGUCACCUGUAAAGGGCUGUAGCAGAUUCCUCCCCUCACUCAGUACAGGAAGGGAGUGUCAUUGAAUCACAGUGUCUCCUAGGGUUACUUCUGAAUAGUGCAGUUGGCACAUCACCCCUUGCACAGGGCAGUGCCUAAAGGCAUAAUGUGGCCCUUAGUUAUCAAAGGCAUCUAGCAAGCUUUCAAGAGCCACCCCUAUAUUGUUUAUUGCACACAUCUCUGCUUUAUUUUUGUUUGAAGACCCGAAUCUGUUUUAUUAGAAAACAAACUGGUUCUACUUGCAAAUUCUUGUAGCUCAUGAAAGCUUAUGCUCAAAUAAAAUUGUUAGUCUCUAAGGUGCCACAAGUACUCCUUUUGUUUUCGUCUCAUUUUGUGAAACGUGGUUUUUUUUUUUUUUGUUUUGUUUUUUUAAACAACCCACCCGGAGUCACCCAGCAGUGUGAAGUGUGAAAGGCUUUAGCCGAUGGCUAAUGUUCCUUUGUCAUUCCAGCUCUCCCUUGCAGAGGAGCCAAUGAGGAGUAAGCGUGCAGAUUAUUCCUCUAGACCGAGUCUGAACUAACCCAUGUUGUUUGUGCAGCAUAUUGCAAUGUGCCUAACCUCUCCUUUACUACAUUGCACUGGCUGGAGUACCUGCAGGUCUCAAACGUCAUGAGGCUUCAGUUAUAAGUGCAGACAAUAGAUCAUUUCAUUGCUCAUUUUUAUAUAGGAGUGUAACGUCUUCAGAGAGAAAGAGAGUGAGAGGCACACAGACUGAAAGAUGUUCUAUUCAGGUAUCCUCACCGAGCCUAGUCAGAAGGAAGUGGAGAUGAGGGAAGCUGCAUCUCUCCGACAACAGAGGAGAAUGAAGCAGGCAGUGCAGUUUAUUCACAAGGAUUCAGCUGAUCUGUUACCUCUGGAUGGACUGAAGAAACUGGGGACUUCCAAAGACACUCAACCACAUAACAUUUUGCAAAGACGCUUAAUGGAGACAAAUUUAUCAAAAUUACGAAACAACCGAGGGACAUGGACUCCAAAGAAUGACAUCUCAGCACAGACCAAUAAGCUGAAUCAAACCAAGCCAGACAACCCAAAGGAAAAGGAGGAAGAAGACUUAAUAUUAGUGUGCUGUCAGUGUGCUGGAAAGGACUUGAAUGCUGUGAUUGACACCAGUUGUCAGUAUAAUCUCAUAUCGUCUACAUGUUUGGAUAGGCUGGGGUUAAAGGAGCAGAUCAAAACAUACAAGACUGAAGGUGAGAAGAUUUCAUUACCGCGCAAUAUGAAAGUGAUUGGCCAGAUAGAACAUUUAGCUGUUACAGUGGGAACUAUCCAUGUGGACAGUUCUGCAGUUGUCACAGAAGACAAUGAGAAAAACUUUUCCCUUGGGCUCCAGACCUUGAAAUCUCUAAAGUGUGUCAUAAAUAUGGAAAAGCAUCACCUUGUACUGGGGAAGACAGAGAGAGAAGAAAUCCCAUUUGUUGAUAAUAACAUCUCCACAAAUGGAGAGAAUUCUUCUGAGGAAUAAAGAUUGAAACGCCCACAAAUGAGAAACCCUGACAUCGAAGAAAAACUGCACAGCUGCUCCAGAUGAAAUAGCAACGUGAAUCAUGGAUAACACCUAUGCUAGGCUACAGCUGUAAAGCUAAAUUCAAUCAUAUUCUGUAGCCAGUAACUUAGCAAUGUUGUCUUGUUUUUGAGAUAGAAACAUAUGUUUCUAUUUUCUAGAUUCGAAUAUAGUGCACCACUAAUUAUGAAUGGUUUGACAAACCUGAUGAGUUUACUCUAACAAUGAGAAUAGUGCUUUUUAUAGCAAACACAGUUAUUUCAUUUGAGGCUAUCUUGAUUAGAAGCUACCAGAAUUAGAUUUUUACUAAUAAAGAAAAGAAGUACUUGUGGCACCUUAGAGACUAACAAAUUUAUUUGAGCAUAAGCUUUCGUGAGCUACAGUUCACUUCAUCUGCCACAAGUACUCCUUUUCUUUUUUGCGAAUACAGACUAACAUGGCUGCUACUCUGAAACCAUUUUUACUAAUGAUUUUUUCAAUAGCUACUAUUUAUAUACACUAAAUUGACACCACCAGGUUUAAAUAGCCAUAAAAGGAAGCCACUCAUAUUAAAAUAUCAACAUAAAUAGCACAUAUUGGUAAAAAAAAUGACCCUAAUAGCCAUAAUAUUAUUGCCAUGUUAUUAAGGAUGUGACUGUGGAGUCUAUGAGAAGAACAAUCAUAUGAUUAUUCACUGAUCAAAUUUGUCUUCAGGACUUCUAUUUACCAGAAGACUAUGACCAGAACUAUUCAUAGUUCAAUAACAGCAAUUAUCGAAAAUUCUCCAUCCUGCUAGAUUUGCAUAUUGAGCCACAAGCACAAAGUUUUACUGUUUAAAAAGCAGCCGUGAUGCUGACAGAAAAUUUGGCCUACUAGAUUCAGUCGUGAACCAAGCCUUAGUGGUGUAGGAUAUUGUGAUCCAUAUUCACUUUGAGCGCCUUUACUUGUCUCCCACCCAAGUGCUACUCCCUGAGCCUAUGCCAGCACAAGAGCUCUAGCUUGAGCUUGAAACUACCCUGGGAGCACCAGCAGUUAGAUAGCUAGGUGGGCUUUAAACUCCUGUAUUUCAGCAUCAUUAUCUUUAAUGCACUACUUUUAUAUCUAUCUGCAAAUUCCCCAGGAAGUCUUAAAGUGAAAGACCAAACCUGAUUCCCCCUGAAGGAAACUGGGAGUUUUCAUUGGGACCAGCAUUUGGCCUUUUUUGUUAUCUUAUUUUAGUGAUGAUGAUACUACUUCACAUAGAGCUUACCUGUAUAACAAAAGAAAUCCACUGCACCACUUGAAAGAAUCUGACCUUUUACAAUGAUCCUCUACAUGUUUUUAAAGGCUAAUGGGAAUUAUUUAUUAUCACCAGCUGAGGGGCUUCUUUCAAAGCUAAGAACUUUGUUAGACAAUCAAGUCAGCUAAUAUCCUUCCUUAUGUUAUUGAGUCAGAGUGUUUGGCAUAACAGGUGUCAACACAGCUAGAUUUUCAAAGAGGCUCUUUGUACUGCCUCUUAUGCUGUGUAACCAUGGGGCUGAAUCCUGCAGCCAUUACUAAGCCUACACUCAGGUACCAAAAGCACUUAGGUACCAAUUCAGCAAGGUACUUAAGCAUGUACUUAAUUUAAGCAUGCGUUAGUCCUACUGAAAUCAAUGAGAUUACUCAUGUACUGAAAGAUACACAUGCUUAUUAAGUUCUUUGCCUGAUCAGGGCUUCAGCUGGUAAAAUCCUGCUAGACUGAGUUUCUGCAGCACCCACUGAACUCAAAUGGGACUCAACACCAGUUAGGAAUUAGCCUAGUGGGAAUUUUAGUCCUGACUAAGGGCUCUCCUUGACUUCAUUGGGAAUUAGAUCAGGCCCAGAGCAUGACCUGCAGAGUUUGACCCAUGGUAUAGGUUUGUCCUGAGUUUAGGGGAUCUGUUCACAGUAACACUGAUGGCUGUAUACUGCUAUCCUAUGACUACAAUAGCAGGUCUAACUUUACCACCUGGGUGCCUGUAUUUUACCAACUUGGAGCUUGGUCUCUUGCAGUGGAUUUGAAACUAUCCAUUUUUAGUCUUGGGUAUUUAUACUGCUAUCAAUUUUGGAUUAUUAGUGUUUUGGGCUAUUUUCUAUUUCAGUGAUAUGGUGCAGUACUCUCAGGACCGUCCUUAGGCAUAUGCAUCUGUGUAGAGCACCUGAAAAUUUGGGGAACCACUGGGUCUUAAUGUCCACCCUCCUUGCUUUCCUAUCCCUGUUCUGACCCUUCAGGCAGGCUCCCACAGCUGGCUGCUGCAGCCUGGUGAGUCUCCCUCGGGAGGAGAUCUAGUAGUUAAAUGUGAAAAAGCCUUCCAGCCUGUCAGACCUAUUAGCACAACAUUCUUUCAGAGUAGCAGCCCUGUUAGUCUGUAUUCGCAAAAAAGAAAAGGAGUACUUGUGUAUUCUUUUUUGCGAAUACAGACUAACAGGGCUGCUGCUCUGAAACCUAUUAUGCAAGGCACUGAAUUUAGCCAUAUGGAGUGGAAAUCUAUUCACAAGUACUCCUUUUCUUUUUAGCACAACAUUGAAACUGUUAAAGAGCCAUUCAAGUGGUAAAGAAUAAAUGGACACAAAUCAGAGGUCAAGAAUUAUAACAUUCAAAAACCAGUCGGAGAACACUUCAGUUUCUCCGGUCACUCGAUUACAGACCUGAGAGUGGCUAUCCUUCAACAAAAAAACUUCAGAAACAGACUCCAACGAGAGACUGCUGAAUUGGAAUUAAUUUGCAAACUGGAUAAAAUUAACUUAGGCUUGAAUAGAGAUUGGGAGUAGAUGGGUCAUUACACAGUAAAACUAUUUCCCCAUGUUAUUUCUCCCCCCCACCCCACCUCCCUGUUCCUCAGACAUUCUUGUUAACUGCUGGAAAUGGCCCACCUUGAUUAUCACCAUAAAAGAUUUCCUCCUCCUCCCCCCCCGCACCUUCCUGCUGGUAAUAGCUCAUCUUAAGUGAUCACUCUCCUUACAGUGUGAAUGAUAAAACCCAUUGUUUCAUGUUCUCUGUGUAUGUAUAUAAAUCUCCCCUCUGUAUUUUCCACUGAAUGCAUCCGAUGAAGUGAGCUGUAGCUCACGAAAGCUUAUGCUCAAAUAAAUUUGUUAGUCUCUAAGGUGCCACAAGUACUCCUUUUCUUUUUGCGAAUACAGACUAACACGGCUGCUACUCUGAAACCUAAAAAAAACUUGCUUCCAAAGUUUUCCUGUCCUUUCUGUCCAUUCCUUUCUCCCUUCAUCCCCUCUCCCUCCACCCUCCAUGGAAGAAAGCCCUUAAAGGGACAACACCCCUUUCCUUCCAGAUAGCUGGACAAAGAGUUUCCCUUUCCUUACUUCUGGCUAUCUGAUGAACUAGUUUUAGGGUGACCAGACAGCAAGUGUGAAAAAAUCGGGACGGGGUGGGGGGUAAUAGGAGCCUAUAUAAGAAAAAGACCCCCAAAAUCGGGACUGUCCCUAUAAAAUUGGUACAUCUGGUCACCCUAACUAGUUUUAAGAAAACCCUCCAGCAAAAUCAGUACCUUAGUAAGAUAUAAAAUCAUUUGUUAUGCCUAAAUUCUUUAGAAACAUAUUUUUUAAAGAUGGUGAAAUUUCAUAAACGUCUAUUGUUAUGGAGAUCACACAAAGUAAAUUCAGUGUUCUCUUUUUCUAAUAGCAAUGAACAUUGUAAUGAACACACUAAACUUCUGUGACUGAUUAAUUUAAAAUAAUGUCUUUGUUUCAGUGAGUUAAAUAUGUAGUAAUCUGGAAUGAUUACUUUAUGAAGGCUUGAGAGUACAUUUAAAAUAUAAAAUCAGCUUAGAAAUACUGAUUAAGAAAAUGUAAAACAGAGAAGAGCUGCAUCAUGUAUUCCAUAAUAUUUAAUGUUAUAUUCAGCAAGACAGCUGACUCACCCUCACUACGAAGUUUUUGCAAAUAAAUGUCUGACAAACUUCAGGGCAUAUCAAAAAACCUGUGACUGACAUUUUUUAUUCCCAACUUUAGUGCAUUUAAUUAGGUACCUUCUGCAUGUCCAUUCUAUGUGAGGGAGAAGGUACAGGGGUCUCUACAGGGAACUCUGACUCUCCGUCACUGUGAGGCGGGCCGGGCGUCUCAUUAUCCUUUGCUGCCUUGUCCUUCCUCCUCCCCCCCCCCUGCCCCCGGGCUGCGAGCUCAGGCUGCCAUCGGGCAUAGAGGCACCAGUUUAAUCAUACUGCGUAGGGCCCCAUAAAUCCUAAAGAUGGCCCUGAGUACUCUCCUGUACAUACAGUAUUUUAUAUAAGACCACUCAAUAUAUAGGAGAGUUGGACUGCACUGUAUGAUCCUGCCAAUGUAUUGUACAAAUGUCUUUCACUAAAUAGGGAAUAUAUUUGAUGAAACGUAUAUGCCAUGAGUUUUGUAUUUUGGUACUUUAUUCUUUCCGUGUUUGUUACUGUGCCAAAUGUCGAAUUAAAGUUUAAAUAAAGUUUAAGCUGCUGUUACAGUUUA